AUGAUUCAGGUACUUCCUGUCGAGUCAUGUGCAUCUAGUACCCACAAUGGAAUCCAUGUGGACGAAUCCUACGAAUUGGCACAUGCAAUAGUGGAAGCACAAGAUCCUAACCAGUGCCAAUCCACUGUUCCAGUAAUUUCCAACUUUGGGCUCAAGUGCUCAUUUGCAAAGUUGCCACCACAAGUGGCGGAUGCUCUGGAACGGAGUAGACGCAUACUUGUGGAUCCCGAGGGAAAAAUCGUGCCGCUUGGCUCUGGUAGGUCCAAACCAUAUUAACC